UUUGUUUGUGUUUCCGGAUGUAUUAACCCAUGGAUGUAUGUAUGUAUGUAUGUAGCUAUGUAUGUAUGUAUGUAAGAGAAUUUGAGGACGGUGGAGUGAAACGCGUCACUGUUUACUUUUCUAAAGUCAGAAACAUCACCAACUGCUGGUUGUGAAUUUAAAACACGAAACGAAGCUACAAAGAGCAGGUCGGGGAGAAGUCGAGGAGAGGCACUUCACCAUGAACUCUGAGAGGAAACUGUCAGCUGGCCAGCGGAGAGGUGGGAGACGUUUACAAUGUUCUAUAUUAUUCUCUUUACCUUCAGAUGUCCAGAAAGUGAUUGUUGGUGAAGAACAUCUGCAGGUGUGGAGCUCCAGUCUGGACCAGGUGAACACAAAGCCCCCACACAUUAAAGAGGAACACGUGGAACUCCAGAUCAUUCAGGAGGGAGAGCAGCUUCAAGGGCUGGAGGAGGCUGAUAGCACCAAGUUCCCAGUCACUCUUGUCCCUGUGAAGAGUGAAGAUGACGAAGACAACUCACAGCUUCAUCAAAGACAAACUGAAAAGAUGAAAACGGAAGCAGCCAUGAACUCAGAUCCAGAUACACAUUUACCACUAGAUACUGAUGACAAGACUGGAGACUGUUCUGAACCUGAGACUGAUGACAGUGCUGAUUGGAAGGAGACCAGAGAACCUCAGUCAGGUUUAAACUCUCUGAAUAAUGAUGCAGUCCCUGUUUCGAGUUGUAGUUCUGGUGAGAAACCAUUUAGCUGCUCUGAGUGUGGGAAAAUAUUUUGCAACAAUAGAAAUCUGAAGAGACACAUACGAUCUCAUACAGGAGAGAAACCAUUUAGCUGCUCAAUAUGUAAGAAAUCUUUUACACGGAGUGGAAGUUUACAGAAACACAUAAGAAGCCACACAGGAGAGAGACCAUUUAGCUGCUCUGUCUGUAAGAAAGCUUUUACACGGAGUGAAGGCUUACAGAAACACAUGAUGAUACACACCGGAGAAAAAGGAUUAAGCUGCUCGUUCUGUAAGAAAAGUUUUAUACAAAGUGGAAAUUUACAGGCACACAUGAGAAUCCACAAAGGAGAGAAGCCAUUCAGCUGCUCAGUGUGUAGAAAAGCUUUUACAGUGAAUGGAAAUUUAAAGAAACACAUGAGGAUACACACAGGAGAGAAACCGUACAGCUGCUCAGUCUGUAAUAAAGCUUUUACACAGAAUGGAAGUUUACAGGCACACAUGAGAAUCCACAAAGGAGAGAGACCAUUCAGCUGCUCCUUCUGUAGGAAAACUUUUGUAAAGAAUGGAAAUUUACAGAACCACAUGGUACUCCACGCAGGAAAUAAACCAUUGAGCUGUGAGGAGUGUAGCUCCAGUCUGGAAGGAGAGUAGAGAACCUCUAUCAGUCCGGUUUAAACACUAAAAGAAAAAGAAUGAAUUCUCUAAAAGUCUAAUGAGAUGUAAUACUCUGUAGGUCCUUAAAGCUUAACUCUCGCCAAAAUGCAACCUAGGGUCUCUUUGUGAAUGUACCCGAGUCAAACUUAUGUUUAAACGCAUAAUUAGGAGGGAAACGCUACUUUUAAGGCCCUUUUUAAAUGGCCUUUUGAAUGGGAGUGGUAGGGACCUGAGGUGUGAAUCUUCACUGAACUCCCCAUUCGAUUAAGAUUAUCAGGUCUUCGAUUCGAUAUCUCGAUGCGUCAAAUAAAUUUUUUCUAUUAAAGCCAUAUAGGAUAUUUGACUUGACAAACUUGCAUUGUCAAGUGCAAUGCCCAAGCUGCAAUACGUAACUUUAGACUGGAAUGAUGAAGUGUUUUGGUUCAAUUCUAUAAGGUAGCUACCACAAAGGUUGACCUAUUUUGGAUUAGUGAUAUACCACCCUACUUUUAACCAGCAAAUCUAUUGUGCUGUAUUGGAAUAACUGUCCCCAGACAACUCUUUAACACAAAAGGUAUUGUUUACUGAACAAUAACUUAAAUGUACAAAUAAUAUUUAGCCGUUAGAUUGAAUAACAACAAAAACAUAACACAAAUCACACCUUUGAAAUAUUCUGACUGCAAUAUUUCUUCAAAUGACAUUUCACACAACUACCCCUUUACCCGUUUCUUUAUCAGUUUCAACUUAAAACACCCCAGCUACACAAAAUGAUUCCUCCUUACAGCAGUUUCAAUGUAAAACUUACUCAAACCCUAUUAAACCACUGUGUUAACACACACCUACCCACCCGCACACGCCGAGAGAAGAAAAAAAAAGUUGCGGGCCAGAUGGUAGCUCAUGUGGAUGUGCAGCAGGACGUUAUCUUCAGUGAAGCAAACACACACAAAUCCAACUUACAGUUAGCUGUUAGUCCAAGAAACACGAAAACGGCAAAGUCCCCUUCAGCAGGGAAACACGCUGUCAUCCUCUCCGGUCCAAAAUCAGCAACUCUCCGCCGUUAGCUCCAACUUUAGCUAGUCCGUUAGCUCCAACUUUAGCCAGGAACACUAGCACAACGUUUGUUCUAAACCACUGCUGUUAGACAGGAAAAGUGCCGUAGUGUAGCUACACCUCUUCAGCUUCGUUAUUCCACUUAGAUAGUUUCCGAGCUGACUAGUGACUCUCGAUGUUUCUCAGUGUUUUCUUUCCUCUUCUCGAUUUGCGAUUCUCUCCUGUGUCUCAGCUUAGCCGUUUUGCGUGCGUGUGUCUGUUUGUUUGUUUGUGUGUCUGUGUGUGUGUGUGUGUGUGUGUGUGAAACGGGUUAGGCUAUUGAGAAUGUUAUUUUUCAUUUGAAUAUUUAUGCCGCGGCCGGAAAAUUAACGAGCGACGCCAUUGCGUUAUAAUCGACUAUGGUGGGUCACUGCAUCGAUGUAGCAUCGUCCAUGUCCGCAUCCCGAUGCAUCAAUUAUUUGAUUAAUUUCAACACCUCUAGUAGGGACACUUUUAUGCUAGCCUCAAAAUAACUAUAUUUUUUAAACACUAAGAAAGCUCGACACAAUGUGAAACUUUGCUCCAAGUAUCAUCAGGGGCUCUAUACAUUAACUCGAGCAUUGAGAACAUUGUUUGUGUACACAGAGUUUACUAAAAAGAGAGUUUUCAACAACUCUCUUUAGCUGUUGGGUUUUCCGGUCGGCGUCCAUCCAGCCAGUCAAAAGUAGUCGAUCUCCGAAUGCAGUGUAAGAGUAAAGAUGGAAAGCUCCUAAAGCUUAGUUCCAUAUAAAUGUACGGAUAAUGUGUUGUUUUGUUGUUAGUGAAAAACCUUUUAGAAUAUCGACCUUGCAGUUGAAAAAGGAGCCUCCUAUAAGAAUGACAUUUCCUCCUAUGGAGUCCAUUCAUUCGCAUUCGGAGAUCGACGCUUUUUGACUGGCAAGAUGGCGGAU